AUGGCGAAUACACCAUCGAUCCACAUUCCCUACCCAUAUGAGACGCUGAAGUCAGGUGAGAUCCGUCUCCUCAAGAUACUUCCUGGGUCUCAGCCCGAUAGAAUCAAAUGCAAACUCAUCUCGGAAUAUCUUGAAUCCAAGCCCAGCUAUGACGCUCUGUCUUAUUCUUGGGGCAGUAGCAAAGAUCAGCAUCAUGAUAUCUGGAUUGAUGGUUUUUCGGCGCGUGUACGAGAUAAUUUGUACGAUUCACUCUUGUCACUCCGGAGGAAGUGCCACGAACGGGUGCUUUGGGUUGACGCGAUCUCUAUCAAUCAAUCAAACGACAAAGAGCGCAGUUCGCAGAUUCCUCGCAUGGGCGAGAUCUAUGAACAAGCCGACAAAGUGUUCAUCUACAUUGGUGCAAAAUCAAACAAUAGCCGUCAGGCUUUCUCCUUCGUCAGAGAGAUCUACAAAUUGAUGUGUCCUUAUGGCCCAGAGAACGACCCAGAGUUGCGGAAGUACACUUUGUUGAAUUUCAUCAACGACCCACAGAAUCUGCACAAGUGGUGGGCUCUUGAUGAUCUUUGUAAGAGAAGAUACUGGAAAAGACGAUGGAUCAUCCAAGAGAUCGCACUCGCGUCCCGACGCAGAAUACAAUGUGGAGAAGACUAUCUGGAUUGGGAACCUUUCGAGGCAGUCUGUCAGGAGAUCGAGAAACUUCCCAAGCCGAACGAUCGUGACCAGCCAUUUCCGAGCGCUGUUGAUUCCAUCCGAGAAAGUCUCGCAACAAGACACGCAUCACUUCGAAGCCAAGGUCGAAGAACAUUCAGUCUACAGUUUCUUCUGGAAGCCUUUGAGCAUUCCCGAUGCAAGGAGCCUCGAGACAAGAUUUACGCAGUUCUAGCACUUGCCGACCUCUCGUCACCUGAACCUCUCAUUGCCAACUACGAGAAGCCUCUACUUGAAGUUUACGUGGAUGUCACUUGGUUCCUCGCACGGAACUAUGAGUCCAAAACACCACUUGGAACUCGACAUCUCGGUUUUUCAAAGUCCAUUGUGCGGGCUAGCCAGGCUGUUCAACGAAACCUUGGAGAUGUUUCCCUAAACAUCAAGCAAGACGUCUUGGAAGCAAUAUCAGCAUCUCUCUCCAUCCCACGGUCCAUGGCUGCUGGAGUAAUUCUGAUCAAAGGACUUCUAGGCGGAGUCCUCACUCAUACCCAUCCGUACACCAAAGACACAUCAAUCCCAAAUGUCGCAGAUACAUUCCGAAAACUUCCUUCAUAUCACUGCAGACCGAGGAAAACACUCAAGAGGACAACGAUUCUCCAACAUGGUGUAGAUGGAUUCGACGAGGAUGAUCAGAAGAGAGUCGUUUCCUUCAACAGUCGAAUCUCCUACGGCAUGCGAGGCUGGUCUCCAGCACAGUAUGAACCUCGCGACGAAGAACAAGUGAGCGAUGGAGGAUUCAUUCCCGAAGCUCACGGACGCAACGUCAAGAGACGAAACAGUAUCGAAGUGAAGGCAGGCGAGUUCAAGGUUUUCCUCGAGAAGUCCGGGCUCAUGGGUAUUGCUCCCGCUGAAGCGAAAGAAGGAGACUUCACUUGCCAUUUCUUGAACUGUGAUGCCGCUGCAAUUAUUCGUCGCCAAGGCGACAAGUACUUUUUUGUUGGGAGGACUCUGAUAUUCAAUCGAGAAGGAUGCAGCUCGAUGCGGCUCAAUGAAUGGUCGACAAAGAAUUUCAAGUAUUUUGUUCCGAAUGAGGAAGAGUUACCGGCAUGUACCAAUAGCAUAAGCUUUUACGUCGAUGUUGCAACGUUGCAGUUAUUGACUAGAUAA